AAAAAUGAGAGCAUACAUCCUACAGACAUUCAUUACAUGGACAUACAAGGGGAUACUCUGCACAUGCCGGUUUCUGUGGAUCUGUCCAUACAAUGCAAUCAAAUUCCUACCAAGGGAAACAUACAUCACAAAGGAGAAAAGCAGACAGGUGACACGACAUGUGGCUUAUGAAAGCAAGGUGACUGCAGCCAUUCCAGGAAGCCCUGACCGCGUUAACGCACUCCACAAACGAGUGACCAAAAUCGAGAGAGAGAUCCUGUCAAUCAAGACCAGGGUCGCCUGUGAGAGAGCAUCAUGGGAAAAGAGAUUUUCAGAGCUGCAAAGGCAACAGGAGGAACUGCGUAAUCAGGUUUUCUCUGAGGCUGAGAUACUGCUGAAGGUGGGAACUAGUGAGAAGCAGAGAGACAAUGGAGAUGAUUUGGAUGAGCAGUCAAGUGGUUUCUGCCAACACAGAAGAUCCAAAGUGUCAUCAAGAAGUGGCAGCCAUUCAUACAGCUUAUCAGGGAGCCAGGGAUCCUUGUCAACCCCACAGAGCUCAAGAUCGUCUUCUUCUUUAUCUUCAGCCUCAAGUGUGCGAUCCUGGAAAACGUCUCACGGCCCACAUCGGGUUUUUGUCCCCCACUCACCCAUGGACUUGCAACUUGGCCAUCGGGUUAGGAUCAUGCUGCCAUCUGGCAGGAUCAGCACAGGAACAGUUCGUUUCUUGGGAAACCUGCAGGGGGAGCCAGAGCUCUACCUUGGUGUGGAGCUGCAGAGCCAUGAUGAAUCACUGUGUGACGGCAGUCAUAAUGGACAUACCUACUUUGAAUGCAAACCAGGACAUGGUGCCUUUGUGCCAUUCCACAAGUUGUUGAUGGCCUGGGAAUAAAAGAAUCCGGUGGACCACGCAAAACAUUAGACAGAAUAGUAAACCUGCUAUAUGAAGAAAAUUUAUGUAAUAAAUAAUGCAUAAUAUCUCUCUCAAAUUAUGACUUAUACCCCAUGUAUGACAGCUAAUAUUUGACUUUUUGUGUAUCAAAGGAAAGACAGGACAUCAAUGA